AUGGAUGAUAUUCUCUCGGCGGCAAUCUGUGAAGCCGGUCUUGAGGAGUUUUUGAUAUCGUCACCAGUGCCGAGCACAUCAGGAAGCCUCCACGAUGACUCAACAACAUCCGCACAAGGUUCAUCGGUCGUUCUAUACGAUGACACGUCGAACGAGGGAAUGUAUGCGCCGCUCAGCGAAUACAUGAUUCCGUGCACAUCGGCUUCGACAACAUUCACGACCGACUCAAACGAUGGAGUUCCAUCGAUGAACAUGGAAUUCGCGCCGGUGUCCGAGCCCGAAAUUCCCAGCAUCCAACUAAUCCCGAGAAAGAUUCCGCCAUCAGCACCACCGGCAACUGUUGUGACCCCGAAGCCCGAUCCUGAACCCGAACCUGAAAAGGGGACCGCUCAGGCAUCCCCGGCUAAAGACGAGAUUGAGCAACCAACAAAGGAACCACAACCGCUUCGGGUGCAAAUCAGCAAAAGCGUCGAUAAUAACGAUCAUUCUGCUUCGCCAUCACCAUCGGCUUCGCGCUUUGUAGCUUCAACUCCACUUCAGAGAAGUUCGACAGCAUCUCCGGCGUCUACGGUAUCGACAACAUCGAAUUCCAUGCAAGGAGCGCCUGUAACAAUUCAUAAGAAAACUGCGAUUACCGCUGUUGGUGGUCCAAUCAUAAAACGGACAAUUCAUACAAGGAAUGGAGUUCAAACGCAGUAUCUGAAGCCUUAUAUCAACGAACAGGGGCAAAAGAUAUAUCGAGCAUUGAGCUCGGUGCCGGCGGUUGGUGCAAGCCGUGGUAGUAUUUCCAUUCGUGGUGGACGCCCUACUGCUCCUACGGCUUCUGGUGCUGCUAAUGCUGAACGACCAGGAGAACGAGUUGUGAUGGUCCGACAAGAAGGUCCCAAUGGUCAGCAUGUCCUGGUGAAAAAAGUGAUCACGACGGCACCGAAUCCGAACAAUGACGUCUUGCCAAUGGCCCGGCGCGGAUCUCUCGUAUCGCGAGUCGCGGGUCGUGGCGGAAUUGUGAUGAGAGGAGGAUCAGCUGCGCAACGGGGACCUUAUACAACAGCUUCUGGCUAUCGCGUCACCAACAUCAUUGGACGCGGAACAGGCGGCUCAACGAUGCUUCAUCAUCAGCCGAUGGUUCAAUCAAGAAUGGUCCGACCACCUGCGAGUCGCGUCACUCCAUUCAGAGAGCAAGGGCAAGUUCGAUACACGCAUCGGGAUGAUGUUCAGAAUCGCGGACUUCAUCCGUCUAACUCAUCGCCGGCUUUCCAUUAUUUGGACCAGGAGCCUAAUGUGGGAUAUCAGGGAAAACCACAGCAAUCGGUCAAAUCGCAGGGAAUAAUCGCACAGAGGAAUGGAAAUUUGAAAGCAACUGCUUUGCAGAGAACGUUGAUCAACCGAGUUCAAACUAAUGCUGGAAUUCAACGCUUGGCUAGCGGAGCUGGCGGAGCUUUCGAGUAUAAUAUGAAUUCGCAGAGAUUGAUGAUGACGUCCUCGUUGCCGAGAAGCCCGGGAUCGGGAUUGUCGCCAAGAGUUGUUCCCAGUUUCAAUUCGACAGCUGCAACUCCAAUAUUGCAGUCGAAAUCGCAAAAGGCAAAGGAUGAAAUGAAAAUGGCGUAUCAGAUGGGACGUGAUGAGUUGAUUGAGCAGCGUCGCAACGAAAUUGACGAUGAUGAGGAGAAUCUUGGCUACGCUGAAACGUACGCCGAAUAUCGUCCGGCCAAACUCCGUUCGGGAAUUGCGCAUCCCGAUAGUGUUGUCGAAUCGGCGUCGCUGAGCAGCGUGGCUCCUCCAGAUGUCAAAUAUCAAAUAUCAAUUCCCGAAUAUCUUAUCGAUUUGGGCCAUAUUUCCGCUCUUCAACUUGAAGCGGUGAUUUACGCGUGUCAGAUGCACGAAAGACGCAUGCCAUCUGGAGAACGUUAUGGUUAUUUGAUUGGAGAUGGUGCAGGAGUUGGAAAAGGCCGAACAGUUGCAUGCAUCAUUUUCGAAAAUUAUCUGCAGGGACGUAAACGAGCCAUUUGGCUAUCGGUGUCUUCGGAUUUGAAAUUUGAUGCUGAACGUGAUUUGAGAGAUGUUGGUGCACCAAAUAUUGGAGUUUACGCUCUAAACAAAAUGAAAUACGCGAAGAUUUCCGGAAAAGAGAAUGGAUGUAUCAAGAAAGGCGUCAUUUUUGCAACUUAUACAUCAUUGAUUGGGGAAUGUCGUGGAGCGAAAUCACGAAAAUAUCGAAGUCGAAUUAAGCAAUUGAUUCAGUGGUUUGGAGUGGAGUAUGAUGGUGUUAUCAUUCUUGACGAAUGUCAUCGCGCCAAAAAUCUGGUGCCCAGCACUGGCGGAAAACCAACGAAAACUGGACGAAUGGUGUUGGAAUUGCAAAAGGCGCUGCCGAACGCUAGAGUUGUGUAUGCUUCAGCUACUGGAGCUACAGAACCUCGAAAUAUGGCCUAUAUGACUCGCCUCGGUCUUUGGGGUGAACGACAAGCGUUUCCCGAAUUCACCGAUUUCAUUUCGGCGGUUGAACGUCGCGGUGUUGGUGCGAUGGAAGUGGUCGCGAUGGACAUGAAACAGCGCGGAUUGUAUUUGGCUCGUCAGCUCUCGUUCCGAGGCGUCUCAUUCUCGGUGCAAGAAGUCCAAUUGUCGGCGGAUUUCGUCAAAAUGUACGACGAAUCGGUGAAACUUUGGAUGGAAGCGCGACGACAAUUUCAAGUUGUUCUCGAGGCGAUGGACGAGGAUGAGCGCGCCACGUGCAAAACGGUUUGGGGACAAUUUUGGGCGUGUCAUCAACGAUUCUUCAAAUAUCUGUGUAUUGCCGCCAAGGUUGACACGUGUGUUCAAAUUGCGCGUGAAGCCAUAAAAGCGAAGAAGUGCGUAGUUAUCGGACUACAAUCGACUGGUGAAUCGGCGACGUUGGAGACUCUUGAAGAAAUGGGUGGCGAAUUGAAUGAAUUUGUAUCGACAGCGAAAACUGUUUUGUACGGAUUGAUUGAUAAACAUUUUCCCACCGAUUCGUCAUCGGAUCGAGAUAUUUUUAAAGAUUUUGAUCGAAUGUACGAUGAAUUUGAACGUCCAGCCAAGAGAAAGAAGCAGUCCAACACCCUCAGCUUCAUGACCGACGUUGGUGUUGGAAGUUGGUCUGGCGCAACUGUCGGAAUGAGCGGAAAAGUUGGGCAAUCAUCGACGACGCAUGGAUCUGAAGCGAACUCGACGACUUCGGAAUCCUCUUCGGACGAUGAUUCUGAUUCGGACGAUGAUAAGGAUGACGACGACGCGAAAAGUUGGGAUAGUGCUCGUGAGGAGGCUGAAGGAGCUCGAACUCUUGAUGAUAUGGAGGAAGACGAAUGGGUGAAGGCGUUGCUCGCUGAAGCUGAAUCGUCUAGUGAUAGCGAGGAUGAUGAGGAUGAGGAGCAGGAGGAGCCGAAACAAGAAGAAUCUGCGAAUGGUCAAGAGGAAGAGGAGUUUAAUCCGUUCAUGUGCGACUUUGCCAAUGACGAUCCAUGGGCCAAUAAUCAGCAAAUUAUUGAUGAUCAGCCAGUGAAGAGAAAGGCGAAGAAACGAAAGCGCGUUGACGAUGCUGAAACGGAAGAGAUGAAAGAACGCAGAAGACGUCGCGAAGAGCGUAGAGAGAAGAAGUUAAAACGAGCAAUGCGAAAAGCAGAGCGAGAGAAGAAGCGGAGAAUGGAGACUCUACAGACGAGAGGCUCUGCGAACGAUUUCAUCAGUUCAUCGAAGUUCUGCGGAAAUGACGAUGAAGAUAGAACGAAUAUCAAUCCUCUUCUUAUUAAGACCGAAUUACUCGCCGCUGUUGAACGAUUGGCUCCAUCGCUGCCUGCGAACACUUUAGAUCAGCUGAUUGAUGAACUUGGAGGUCCUGAAUAUGUUGCAGAGAUGACUGGAAGACGCGGUCAUAUGGUCACCACAGAAACUGGAGACGUGGCUUAUCAGCGAAGAAACGCGAACGCCGAAGUGUCGCUUGAGUUGAUCAACAUGGAAGAGAAGGAGAAGUUCAUGAGAGGCGAGAAACUUAUUGCGAUCAUCUCGGAGGCGGCGAGCAGCGGAAUUUCGCUUCAAUCCGAUCGACGUGCCCAGAAUACCCGUCGGCGUGUUCAUAUCACACUCGAAUUGCCAUGGUCAGCCGACAAGGCGAUUCAGCAGUUUGGAAGAACGCACAGAUCGAAUCAAGUCAGCGGACCGGAAUACAUUUUCUUGAUUUCUGAAUUGGCUGGAGAAAAAAGAUUUGCUUCUGUUGUUGCGAAACGCCUUGAAUCGCUCGGAGCACUCACCCAUGGUGAUCGUCGUGCCACUGAGACUCGUGACUUGUCGCAAUUCAACAUGGAUAACAAAUAUGGAAGAGUUGCACUCGAUUUGCUGCUCAAAACGGUUAUCGGGCAGACGAAUCCGCCAUUAAUUCCGCCACCCAGCGAUUAUACGGCAGGCAACUUCUUCGAAGAUAUGCGUCUUUACAUGGAAGGUGUUGGAUUGUUGGCGAGAAAUAAGAACGGAGUGUACGGGAUUGAGAAGGAAGCAGCGACUAUUCCGAAAUUCUUGAACAGAAUUCUUGGACUUCCUGUUCACGCUCAAAAUGCACUUUUCCAAUAUUUCUCGGAGAUUGUUGCUGAACUCAUUGCGCAAUCCAAGCACGAUGGAACCUAUGACACGGGAAUCAUGGACCUUGGAACUGGUGAUGAUCAAGUGCGCAAGUUGGAGACGAGAAUCUUUCUUGGACGCGUUGACAACGGAAGCUUCCGUGUUGAGAUUCACAAGAUUGGAGUUGAACGUGGGGUGUCAUGGGAAGAAGCAAUGCAGCUCUAUAAGGAUCACAACUCGGAUGAGGAUGGUUUCUACGUGUGUACUCCUGGUCCUAACUCUUCUGGGCGUAAAGUAGCAGCUCUUGUGUACGGAAUCGGAAAAGUCCGUAUUGAUAAUGGCGCGCGUUUGUACGCCAUAACUCGUCCAUCGACUGGUAGAUCACCGAAGCUUUUGACGAUGGCCGACUUGUCGAAGCGAUUCACGAAGUCGACACCCGAAGAAGUGAAAGAUAUCUGGAUUUCGCAAUACGAGGGCGCCGAAACCAUGUGCCAGCACAAUUAUGUCUACGGCAAAUGCAAGACCGAAAUCGGCGGCACUUAUUGCGAAGUUGGCCGUCGAACUCGCACCUACUUUGUCCUGUCGGGAUCCGUCUUGUCGGUGUGGCCGAUCGUCGAGGAAGUGUUGUCGGGCGGCGAUCGAAAAUCGUCGAGAAUGCAGGUGAUCCGUGUCAGGACCGAACAAGACCAGAAAAUAGUCGGGCGUCAAUGUUCCGAAAGAAUUUUGUCCCGACUUCUCGUAUUGCCCGCCCAUGUGCGAUGUCUUGUCCAGCAGCUUGAGACGCACUGCGGCCGCAGUAUUUUGAAAACCGACGAACCGCCGAAAUGA